AUGCAUAUAUACCUUCGGCCGUCAAAGUAUCCUAGUUGGGCUCCGGGUAUUCGAGCAACAUUGCCAGUUACCGGAUUUUUCCUGGUAUCCAAUAUCUAUCUCACCGUUGCACCAUUCCUCCCACCGCCAAAUCCCAAGGACAAUAUAUAUGCUUACCUUCCGUACUACUCGCACUGUGUGGCCGGUCUGAGUGUCUUUGUGAUUGGCGCGGUAUACUGGGUGAUAUGGGCAAAGCUGCUACCUUGUAUGAAGGUAUAUGAGAUUGCCGAGCACUCCUUUGAGGAGGAGAAUGGAGCAACUAGGAUGGUGGCAGUAAGGAUACCUUCGGCAGGGCCCAGUGCGCCAGAUGAGAAGAGGAAAGAAAGCCAUUUUGGUUAG